CUAAAGGCGUCCCUGGCCCCCAGGAACCCAGGAAGGGACCCAGGCAUUGUUCCCCCUCACCCUCCAAAUGUGGUGUCUGGGUCCAGGAGGUGAUCUAAGAACUCCACCCUCUCCAUUUGCUUAGCCACUUCCAGCUGUGGGGUUGUGGUUGGAGAUGUCCCUCCCCCCUGGGACAGAUCUGUCUGCUCCUCACCCCCAGCCUUGGGGUGGAUAGCUCGAGGCAUCACCUCCCCAUCAGGACCCAAGCUUCGCACCAGAGGAGGAGGAGCCCAAGAUGGAGAGAGGGGCAGAGCCCUGGAGCUGGGUACUAGAGACCUCUAGUGCUGGGUCCCCUGACUUCCAUCCAGAUCCUGCCCCAGAAGCAGCCAGCACCUCCACACCAGGGAUGCGGCGCUCGGUCCUGGUCAGGAACCCAGGCCACAAGGGCCCGAGGCCCACUUAUGAAGAGCUCGACUCCGACUCAGAGGACCUGGACCCCAACCCUGAAGAGCUGGACCCAGUUUGUGAAGACCCAGAGCCUGACCCAGAAGACCUCAACACUGUCUCUGAAGACGUGGACCCCAGCUAUGAAGAUCUGGAGCCUGUCUCUGAAGAUCUGGACCCUGACGCUGACCCCGAUGCGGAAGCUCCGAGCUCCAUCUCAGCCACUCGAGACUCGGAUCCCCAAGAUCUCGACCCCAUGUCUUCAAGUUUCGACCUCGAUCCAGACGUCAUCGGCCCUGUCCCCUUGGUUCUUGACCCUAACAACGAGCCCCUCAGCCCCACCGAAUCCCCAGACCUGGACCCCCUCUCGUCCGGCCUCACUGCCACUCCCGAGGUCCUGACCCCCAGCCCCGCGGUGCUCCCGGCCCCUGCCAGCCCUCCCCGGCCCUUCUCCUGCCCCGACUGCGGGCGAGCCUUCCGCCGCAGCUCGGGGCUGAGCCAGCACCGCCGCACCCACAGCGGCGAGAAGCCCUACCGCUGCCCCGACUGCGGCAAGUCGUUCAGCCACGGCGCCACGCUGGCCCAGCACCGCGGCAUCCACACGGGCGCGCGGCCCUACCAGUGCGCCGCCUGCGGCAAAGCGUUCGGCUGGCGCUCCACGCUGCUCAAGCACCGCAGCAGCCACAGCGGCGAGAAGCCGCACCACUGCCCGGUGUGCGGCAAGGCCUUCGGUCACGGCUCGCUGCUGGCGCAGCACCUGCGCACGCACGGCGGCCCGCGGCCCCACAAGUGCCCCGUGUGCGCCAAGGGCUUCGGGCAGGGCUCCGCGCUGCUGAAGCACCUGCGCACGCACACGGGCGAGCGGCCCUACCCGUGCCCGCAGUGCGGCAAGGCCUUCGGCCAGAGCUCGGCGCUGCUGCAGCACCAGCGCACGCACACGGCCGAGCGCCCGUACCGCUGUCCCCACUGCGGCAAGGCCUUCGGCCAGAGCUCCAACUUGCAGCACCACCUGCGCAUCCACACGGGCGAGCGGCCGUACGCCUGCCCCCACUGCUCCAAGGCCUUUGGGCAGAGCUCGGCGCUGCUGCAGCACCUGCACGUGCAUUCCGGGGAGCGCCCCUACCGCUGCCAGCUCUGCGGCAAGGCCUUUGGCCAAGCCUCCAGCCUCACCAAGCACAAGCGGGUGCACGAGGGCGCAGCGGCAGCCGCCGCCGCCGCCGCUGCUGCAGCUGCCGCCGCAGGCCUAGACCUCAGCCCUGCCUCGAUGUUGAGGCCAGGGCAGGUCUCCCUCCUGGGUCCUGAGGCCGUGUCCGUUCUCGGCUCUGGCCUGGGCCUCAGCCCUGGCCCCAGCUCUGGCCUUGGCUCUGACCCUGGCUCGGUGCUGGGCUCCCUCCCUAAUCCCAGCCCCAGAGCUGUCUCCGGCUCUGAAUCCACCCCCACCCCUGAGUCUGUUAAGUCUUCUGACCCUAAGCCUGGUCACAGCGCCAAUCCUGACCUUGUGGCCGGCCCUGAGCAGGAUCCAGUGCCCAGCCCCAACCCCAACCCCGAGUCUCACCCUGAGCCCUGCUCUCCCGCCCAUGACACUGCCAGCCCAGUGCUCCCUACUGGCGAGAGUCCCGAGUGGGUGCAGGAGCAAGGGGCACUGCUGGGGCCGGAUGGCUGAAGUGGACGCCGACACUCACGGGGGCCUGGGGAAGUUGUGUGUCAUGCAGUUUAGUAAAAUCCUCCCACUGCCUCCUG